UGAUAAAAUUAUCGAUAUUGUGUCUAAUUCAGAUGGGGAAAAAGUUAAAUAUUUGUGUAUUAUAUGUUUCCUAAACCGUAUUGGUAUGCCUUUUCUUGAUAAGUGACGUGGUUUUUAAUAAAAAACUGUUUGGUGGAACCAAAAUAAUGAUUUCAAUAAUAUUUGGAAUACUAUUGUCGACUUCGGCAUUAUUUGCCAUAUCUUUAUUUACUCUCCGCAAUUGGGUGCAUAGCUGCAAGAGAAAACUUAAAGGAUCUUUUGAAGGUACUGUGAACAUAGGAAUUUUUCAUCCAUACUGCAAUGCUGGAGGAGGUGGAGAGAGAGUCCUAUGGUGUGCAGUGCGAGCUUUGCAGGCCAAAUAUGACAAUAUAAAAAUUGUGAUAUACACAGGAGAUAUCGACAGUUCACCAAACAGCAUUUUAGAAAAGGUUCAAGGAACUUUCAACAUCAACGUCGACAAACAAAAUACAAGUUUUGUGUACUUAAAACGUCGAAUGUUAGUCGAAGCGAAGUAUUAUCCGUAUUUUACGUUAUUGGGCCAAAGUCUGGGAUCAAUUAUUUUGGGAUUAGAAGCACUUUGCAAAUUUCCCCCAGAUAUUUAUAUAGACACAACAGGAUAUGCUUUUACUUUACCAUUAUUUCGUUAUAUUGGAAGUUGUAAAGUGGGCUGUUAUGUGCACUACCCUACAAUAAGCAUUGAUAUGCUGCGGCGUGUUCAGCAACGAGAGUAUUGCCACAAUAAUCAAGCUUAUGUUGUUCGAAAUCCAUUUAUAACAUGGCUGAAGGUUAUUUACUAUCGGGUGUUUGCUAAGCUUUACAGCUGGGUUGGUCAAUGCUCUGACACUAUUAUGGUUAAUUCCACAUGGACUGAAAAUCAUAUUCGCGAUUUAUGGGGAGUACCAUUUAAAACUCAUCGCGUGUAUCCACCAUGUGAAGUGAAAAAUAUUAAAAAGCUGAAACGCAAUGAAAAUACAGAUAAGAUUUUAAUUUUAUCUAUUGGUCAAUUCCGACCGGAAAAAGAUCAUCCAUUACAAUUGCAAGCAAUGUAUGAACUACGAACACUUUUAUCAAGAAAUGAAGAACUAUGGAAUAAGGUACAUCUUAUCAUUGUCGGCUCUUGCCGAAAUGACAGCGAUUAUGAACGCCUUAAGAAUAUGCAGGACUUGUCAAAGCAUUUGUCAUUGGAAAACUCAGUAGAAUUCAAAGUUAACGUUCAUUUUCAAGAACUGCUUCAGUUGUAUCAAAAAGCAGGUAUUGGAAUUCAUACAAUGUGGAAUGAACACUUUGGAAUUGGCGUUGUUGAAUGCAUGGCUGCUGGUAUGAUAAUGGUUGCCCACCGAUCAGGAGGUCCUUUAUUAGAUAUCAUCGAGACGUCCGAAGGAAGUCAAAAUGGAUAUUUAGCAGUUUCCGCAAUUGAUUACGCAAAUUGUAUUUUAAGCAUUGUGUAUAAUACGAAGGAAUUAAAUGACACAAUUCGAAAUGCAGCGAGAUCCUCAGUGGAAAGAUUUUCCGAAGAAGAAUUCGAAGUCAACUUUCUUCGUGCAGUGACCCCAUUAUUUAACGAAUCAUGAAGUAAAUUUCCGACUUCUUAUAAAAUAAAAAAGAGCAUUGGCUACAGAACUUACAUUAAAAAUAUCUUGUUUACAUAGUUUUGAAGGAUAAGUAUAUUGUGAUUUAACUCCAUAUAGAAAUAAAAAAAAUGUAAAUCGAA